AUGUCUGGCUCGCCAGUGCCAGGCCUGACCUUCCGCAGCAGCUCCAGAUCCUCGAGUCCUUGCGCUGGAGCCUCCGUUUGCUCUCCAGACAGCCGGCAGGAGCUCUGUAGCCCCAGGACGGACCGCACACAGCCCCUACUGGCCGGCAAUGUGCUGUUUGGCAGCACACCCAGCCAGAAUCCCACCAAGCCUGGCACAAGGGGCAAGGAGCGGCAUGCAUGCCUGCUCAUGCUUCUGCUGCUGCCGGCGGUCACCGGUCUGGCAGUGAUGGGGGUGCGGCUGCGCAUGUCAGAGGCAGAGCAGAGCGCUCUCGACACCAUGCCGCCCCCGGGCAGGUUCAAUGCCGCCCGAUUAGGCGGCGGCAGCAGCAGCAGCAGCAGCAACAACUUCCCCUCAGCCAGCAGCCAGGGCAGCAGCAGCAACGGCCGCUUCUCCUUCCUGGACGGCGGCAGCUCUGCGGUGCUGCACAAGCACAGCUACCAGGAAAUGCGCGAGCGGAACCGCGACCGGCUGCCCAAAUGGGCACGGAGGGCUCUCAAGGCCAUGGAGGAUUUUUUAGCCAAGGACCCCGUCCUCAGAUACGUUCUCUCCCCGGGGCCUGCGGCGUGGACAUACGGGUGGCUCAUGCACGGCCGGAGGAACCCAGCGCCACUGUGGGAUGCGCAAACGUUUGGGCCACAGGUGGCUGAGUACCCCUGGGGGUCGGCGGACCAGCUGUGCAGCAUUGUGAACUCCACGGAUGACGUGGCGCUCGUGGGCAACGGGCCCCUCACCGACGAGCAGCGCGAGGAGAUCAGCCGGGCCGGCAGGGUCGUGCGCUUCAACGCCCUCAAUAAUAGGAUACCUGGGGAGCGAAUAGACAUCUGGCUGGUGCGCUACAAUGGCAUGGGACCUGCCAAUUACUGGGGCUUCAAACAGCUGCGCUACACUGAAGCCGAGGAGGUGGUGCGGCAGGCAUCUGGUGUGGUGUUUCUGGGCGGCCAUCCCACUCGCUUCAUGGCAUACGCUGUAGAGGAGCUGCUCACCUGGUACCCCUUUGUGCCUGUGGAGAAGGCCAUGCAGAUCAACAUCACUGGGUACUGGGAUCUGUACAACCGAGUGCUGUCUGACAGCACCAGCCUGGCCAGGGCGGGAGCCAUGCCCUCUUCUGGUCUCCUUGGCGUGCUGACGACGGUGGCAUGCCUGCGGCCGGACCAGAAGCUGCGCAUCUUUGGCUUCAACUGGAACAAGGAGAACUGGUUCAUGCACAAGAUGGAUGCGGAGCAGAAGAUCAUCCGGCGGCUGCUGGCAGGGCGGCAGGUGGAGAUCAAUCCGACGGCGUGCGACGGGAUGUACACCUGCGACAAGCUCUGCGACGGCCUUUUCUACCGCCUCGCCAAGGACGGCGACAAGUCCGUCUGCGAGCAGAGGGCGAGGGAAGAGGAGGAGCGCAAGAAGAGGGAGGACAAUGCGCAGCACGCGCGCAACCGUCAGCGAGCCAUGGAUGUCAUGUACGGCGGCACAAGCUACAGCCGCCAGGCUGCCCUGGAGGCUUCCAUGGCUGCCAAGAAGGAGCGAGAAGCCGGCCCGCAGGUGCCAGAUUGGGUGCUCGACAACAGCAUCAAGUUCAAUGGCAACGCUGGCGCCGCCGCUGCCUUGGCCGGACUGACGGGCUCUGCUGCCGCCGUAAUAAGCAAGCAUAGGGCCACAUCGCUGCCCUUGGCGCUGGAGGAGAGGGAGGAUGGCUUUCUGUACAACGAGCAUGGGGAGCGGCUGGGCACAGCAGAGGCGCUGGACCCCACCUCAUUGGCAAACGCUGCACAGGACUCAGAGCAGCAGGACACCUCUGGCAUCCAGCAGCUGGCUGCUUCAGAAAUGCUGGCCCUGCAGGGUGCAGACACAGACGCCGAGGCUGAAGAUGAGGAGUAUCAGUAUUAUGCGGACGAUGAUGACGAAACAAUGGAUGAACCCGCCUCAAAGCAGGGCGCCUCGGAGGAUCAGCAGAGGGGCGCGCAAGCAGCGCAGCAGCCCAAGGAGCUUGUGGCGGAUGUGAGCGCAACGGAUGAAGACAAUGAUGCACCAGAUGAGGACAUGUUGAACGAGGAACAGCGGGCCAGCGCGCAAGAAAUGUCAAAUGGAGUUGCCGGAGAGGAAGCAUUACCUGUCAAGGAAGAGCAGGUCAUCCUGGCCAAGAAGCUGGAGGAAGCUGCUGGAGUCUCGUCCAAGAAGGAAGUGGAGCAGGGUCAGGAGGCUGAUGUCAGCGCUGAGGUGGCGGAUGAAGCGCUGGAUGCAGGGGAAGAGGAGGGUUUAGAGGAGGGCGAGGGAGAUAAUGAGGGUGAGGAAGGCGAGGGUGAUGCCGAUCGUGCCAUUGCUAAGGCGCUGCAGGACCAAGAGAGGGCGUUCAUGCUGCUGAAUGCCUAUGGAGGGGAGAAUGGGUGGCAAGAAGACCAGAGCUCAGAUGAUGACGAGGAUGACGACGAGGAUGGGGAAGGAUGGGUGGAGGACGACGGGGAAGCGGCGGAGGAUGCCAGUGGCGAGGAGAGCGGGGGUGAGGGGGAAGAAGAUGAUGCAGCCCUGGCGCGGCGGCUGCAGCUGGCAGAGGACCGGGAGCACUACCGCAGGCUGCUGGAACUGACUGGCGCAGAUGGCGGGUUGGUGGAGGAGUACAAUGAGGACGAGGAGGAUGGCUACAUGACAGAUGACUCUGUGGACCCUGACAACAUGACCUACGAGGAGCUGCAAGCCUUGGGGGAGGCUGUGGGCACGGUCUCGCGCGGCGUCCCACAGGACAUCAUUGAUGCGCUUCCCAACGCCAAAUACACCAGCCGCUUCUCAGACGCGCACCCGGCUGACGGCAAAGAAGAGGAGGAGCAGUGUGCGGUGUGCCGGAUGGAAUUUGAGGCUGGGGAGAACGUCAGGCUGCUGCCCUGCUCCCAUGUGUACCACCCAGACUGCAUUGGCCAGUGGCUGCACAUCAACAAGGUCUGCCCAAUCUGCAGCCAGGAAGUAACAAAACCAGCUGGCAAGUCGGAUAGUAAACCCAAGACCGUCCUGGAAACGCGGACCACCAACAAGUGA